CCAGCCGUGCCAGCCGUGCCAGCCGCCCGUCCCUGCGGCUCCCGAGGAAAGGGUCCCUGGAUGCCACGGAGCAGGAUGGGCACCACGGCCGUGCUGCUGGCCCUGCUCCCCACGGCCACCGCUCAGCCCACGGCGCCCCCGGGCUGCGGCCGCGACCUCUCCUCCCUCUACUACAACCUCUGUGACCUCUCUGCGGGCUGGGGCAUCGGCGUGGAAGCGGUGGCCAGCCUGGGCGUGGUGACCACCUUCGUGCUCACCAUCGUGCUGGUGGCCAGCCUGCCCUUCGUGCAGGACCACCAGAAGAAGAGCCUGGUGGCCACGCAGGUCUUCUUCCUUCUGGGCACCUUCGGCCUCUUCUGCCUGACCUUCGACUUCAUCGUGGGGCCGGAUUUCUCCACCUGCGCCUCGCGCCGCUUCCUCUUCGGCGUCCUCUUCGCCAUCUGCUUCUCCUGCCUGCUGGCGCACGCCGUGGCCCUCAACUUCCUGGCGCGGCGCAACCGAGCCCCGCGGGGCUGGGUGACGCUGGCGGCCGCCGUGUCCCUGGCCUCGGUCGAGGUCAUCAUCAACGCUGAGUGGCUCCUCAUCACGGUGGCGCGGCACGAGGGCGGCCCCGCGGAUCCCUGCCAGCUGGCGGGCGCCGACUUCGUCAUGGCGCUCAUCUACGUCAUGGCCCUGCUGGCGGCCGCCUUCGGCGCCGCCUGGCCCGCGCUCUGCGGCCGCUACGGCCGCUGGCGCAAGCACGGCGCCUUCAUCCUGGCCACCACCGGCCUGUCUGCGGCCAUCUGGGUGGCGUGGACCGUCAUGUACCUGUACGGGAACCGGCGCGCCGGCCGCGCGCCCGGCUGGGACGACCCCACGCUGGCCAUCGCGCUGGUGUGCAACGCCGCCGCCUUCCUGCUGCUCUACGCCGUCCCCGAGGUGACGCACGUGACGCGGCGCAGCCCCGAGCAGCCCUUCGAGGACGACGGCUACCCCACGCGGGGGGUGGGCUACGAGACCAUCCUCAAGGAGCACAAGUCGCAGAGCAUGUUCGUGGAGAACAAGGCCUUCUCCAUGGAUGAGCCGUCCUUUGCCAAGAAGCCGGUGUCCCCAUACAGUGGCUACAAUGGGCAGCUGCUGACCAGCGUCUACCAGCCCACCGAGAUGGCUCUGAUGCACAAGGGGAUGAGUGAAGGUCCCUACGAUGUGAUCCUGCCCCGUGCCUCCACCAGCCCCAUGCCCGGCAGUGCCAGCUCCACGCUCCGGGCCGAGGACGCGUUCGCGGCGCAGGCGCGGCACUGCAGCAUCCCGAGGGACACCCGCGGCUGCCAGGUGCAGUCCCCGUACAGCAGGAACCGCUGGUGAAGCCCCCGUGAGCAGCUCCCGCGGCGCUGGCACAACCAAGGGCUUGCCCAGCCCCAUCCCACCCUGACUGACGUGUGAAUGCCACCCCGUGAGAUGUGAAUGCCACCCCGUGAGGCGUGAAUGCCACCCCGGCUGGCAGCCAGAGCCGAUUCCUGCCCGUGGGACGCCUGGACACGGCCCCAGAGCCAGCGCUCCCACCUGCCCGUCCAUCCCACCUGGCCAUGGACCCCCCAUCCCCGCCUCAAGGACUGGCUCCCGUGAGGACACCCCCGGCUGUCACCUUUGUGAUGCACAGACCCCUCUGGCACCCCCAGGCCAUGG